ACGUUAAGUAUUAAAAUAAUUAUAUAUACGUAUUUGUUAGAAUUCACAAAAAUGCCGCAAAAGAUGGGCAAAGACAAAGAGCCGCUGCCGCCAAAUAUAUUUCUAUACAUACAGCUGGCCCAUAUCGGAAUACCGCCCAACGUAACUGAUCCACUGGAAAUACACUUGGAUCAAGGCGGCAGCCUAAUUAUCAAGUGUGUGGAGCAUUACAAUACCGAAGGGAUUAUAGUACAGGAUGAGUUCAAGCAGAAGCCCACAUACACGUUGGUAUUCCAACAGGAUAAUCUCGAUCGGAUCAAUCAUGCAGCCGAUAAUCCCUUGCUGAUAAAGCUAUAUAUGCGCAAGAGCGAAGAGCCGUCCUAUUUUGAGACGGAGGAGAUGGAAUUGGAGACAGAAGCGUCCGACUUGCUGUCCACGCUAAUUGAUCAAAUUGAGCAAAAUACAGAUAUCGAUGCCGAACUCAGUUUUCACGAAACCAAAGGCGAGCUGGUGCUGCUCAGUGUGGGCUAUCUCGAUAUAAUCAAGCUAUUCGGUCAUCAUCGCUGCAUGCUGCGCGAGGAGCUCUAUCUCUAUCCGGUGCCCGAUUGUCCCAUUGAACUGCGCCGCACCAUCAACACCGAAUGGCAUCUGUACACGCUGGUGCCCAUUGCCAAGGAGUUGACCUUCACCAACAUUGCGUUCGUCACAUUCGAGUCCAUUUACAAUCUGAAGGAAGAGUAUACGCUCGAUCUGGAUACCCUAAAUGUGCAGCUCAGCUUUCGGUCGCUGCUGCCCGUCGAUCGCAACGAAUACCAUGUGAUACCCUGGUGCAGCUUCAAUAAGUUCACCGAAUCGAUCAUUGAGAACCAGGAUAAUCAUCAUGUAUUCGAAUACUUUCGGAACAGCGUGCCGGAUAGCGCCUGCACGGGCCUCAAGUCCAGCAUGGAGGUGCAUAUGCAUAAGCUCUUCGAGCAUCUACUGCGCUCGGACUAUAUGGACAUCGAUUUUGGUCUGAUCGAUCCGACCCUCGACACGGCCUUGGUCUGCAACACCUUCCAUCGAUUUAUACUCACAAAGAGCAUGUCGGAUUUAUUGUACAGCACGAUCGCCUGGCGGCGAUAUGUUAUUGCUGUCGAUGUCUGGAAUGUGGGCACAACUGAGAAAAAAGUUGGCAAAAAAAUGGUCAAAACAACGGGCAAUAUGAUUAUUUUCUCGGGUAUACUAGAUCCGGCCAUAUUCUGCUUUCCCGGCGUGCAAACGAUUCGCUUCGCUGUGGAGCUGAAUUAUAUGGGCGCCAAGAAGAAGAUGCCUUACAUCAAGCUGCCGAGCACAGCGUCCAAUCUCCGUGAUACGAGUCGGCCAAGUACUCAACAAGAUGCCGAAUCGCCGACAUUUGCCAUAAUAAAAAUAUGCCUGCUGGCACCGCUGGAUCAGGUGUACGAGGAGCUGAAGGUGUUUCGCGAAUCCUUCAUUAGUCAGAAUCGUUUGCUCUACUGCAAAAGCGCGCUGCAGAGCCCGGCGCCGUUGCCGCUCAGUAAAAUUCAGCGGGACGCCUAUACGCGUCUGGAUGUAUUCAUGCGGGACACGAUACGCUAUAUAGUCGACAAGAAUGUGCAUAGCAUCGAGGACAAGCGGAAUCAUUUCUGCUGUGCCCUGCAGAAUCUGACCAACAUAUUGCUCAAGGUCGUCGGCUGUGACUUCAAUAUGCGCGUACGCACGAGCACCAGCAUUGAGUUUGCAAAUUUGUGCGCCGUUGCCUAUAACGAGCUGGAGCAACGGGUACACAAUCUGCUCGAGAAGAUCGAGGUGGAGGGCCUAGAUGAGCUUGUGCUCGACAAACAGGAGCGAAACGACAAUCUCAUCGAUCACAUGAACGCCAUCAAAAUCAUGAACGCCGUCGGCGACAAACGUAUGGCCAAUAAUUUUUACGAAAAGGUGAUUGGCUGGAUGAUUGGGCACUUUAAAGAUAAGCUAUUCGUAUCUCGUGCAGAAAGAACGAACACCUUUGCCAGUCUCUUUGAGUUCUAUGACCUAAUCUCAAAUAUGGAACGCGGACAAUACGCGGCAGCCAAAACCUUCUUUAAGACACAAAAACUUUUAUCUGUGGUGCACGAUUACUUUGCCGGCUGGAUACGCAUUUACCUGGACUAUGUGGGCACACGGGAAGAUCCCGAUCCGCUGGUAUCAGACAAUGCGAACGAGUGCCUCUUGAAUAGCAUAACGAAAUAUGCGCAAGACAAUGAUCGUCAAUUGGAUGGCUGGAUACUGCUCUAUUGCUAUUAUAAGCGGUUCAAUUAUGCGCCCGGGCAUUCGUAUGCACGCUGGCGCUUCGAGGAUCACCUGAAGCAGCCGCGUGUUACCAGCUCCUCGGCGCCGUACAGCCUGUGGGGCAUAUCGCUGAACGUGUAUCCCACAUUUGAGCAUCAGCGUGGCUACGUUUUCUACGAAUCCUUCAAGAUGUUUGUGCGCUUGGGCCUGUACGAGUUCGGUCAGGUGAUAUUCGAAGAUGUGCAGCACGAGUGCAGCCUUGCCGAGAGCUAUAUGAUAGGCACACAGUUAAAGAUAUUGCUCAAUCAACUGGAUCCGGACUUUAAGGUGACGACGUUCAGCUUUGAGGGCAGCGGUGCGGAGGAACUGCUGGUCGGCUUUAAUGCUCAGCUAAAUGGCAAUGUGGAGUAUUAUCGCGGCAAUAUGGAGAGUGCCGCCGAAUAUUAUACGCGCAAUUUGCAGCAGUACAGAGAAGCUACACCAGGCCGGGAUAAUUUUUUGCUUAGCAAAUUUCGACUGGCCUAUUUGGCCUUUGAGGCGGGCAAAUAUCAGCUGACAAUUGAUGCACUGCAUCAUCCCAGUGUCGGCAAAUUGCUCUCCCUGGUCAGCAACUAUCUCAUGGGCAAGGCCUACUACAAGCUGGACGAGUACAGCAAGGCGAUGGAAUGCUUUGUCCAAUGCACCACAUUUGGUUCACAUGUGCCAGAUAUUUGGGGCUACCUGGCGUUGAUCAAUCUACAAAUGGGCAACAAUAUAAAUGCCCUCACGUGUUGGAAAUAUGCCCGAGUUGAUCCCACAAAGGAAAUUACGGAUGAGACCAUCUACGACGAGCUGGACAUGAUUGACAUCGACAGCGUGGACCUGUAUAUUGAUUAUCCCAGUCCUACCAAUAGUACCACAUCGUUUCUAGGCGAAGAUGAUGAUGAAUAAACUCGUAUCGCAUAUCAUUUUCGUAG